UGCCAUAGCUUUCCACAUUGCGCAUGCGCUGUAGCGGACAUAUUUCGGCUCCCAGAACUUUUCAAAGCACAAUUUUACAUUUUUCCUUCCAGAAAAGCAUUAUAGAAUCUCCUAUCCUGGUGAAACUUUUCAAAACUAUAUUUUAGCUAGUUUUCUUCAAUUUUGGGUUGUUGAAAGCGUUGUAGCGGCCAGGAAAAUUGGUUUUACCGGUUUUUGAAACUCGCCCCCCUCCCCCUCGCUACCUUGGCGACGUUUACAGAAGUGUAGUUCCAUAGUCGGGUCUAUGGCGGAUGACUCGGACUCGGACCAGGGAACCAGGAUUCACGUCAACCAACAUUACGACGAGUCGCUAGAAGUCGCCGACGCAGAGGAGGUUGCGAGUCAGUACGGUGUGACGCCGAGUCCCCGCGUGCCGCCGGGACCAGCAGGCCGACCCCACCGCCCCGGGCCAGGGGAGAGCGCCACGCCUACACGCAGCUCCACAGUUUCUGAUCCAGAAGCAGCGAUGUCAGACAGUGACGAGUUUGAGACUGGGGAAACCCCACGUAACCCUCGUGACCUGGGAGGUCAGGGGGCAGCACAACAACAACAACAACAACAACAGAGGACAGACUCAGAUGAUGAUGAUGAUGAUGAUUCGGACACCUCUAACGGUGAUGACGAUGAUGAUGAUGAUGAGCAUGCCCAGGUGGAGGGUGCGUACGAUCCCGCUGACUACGAUCAUUUAGCCGUUACACCAGAGAUCAAGGACCUGUUCCAGUAUAUCACAAGGUACACCCCGCAGUCUAUUGAACUCGAGCACAAGCUCAAGCCGUUCAUUCCUGACUUCAUCCCUGCGGUGGGUGACAUUGAUGCGUUUGUGAAGGUGGGGAGGCCUGACAGCAAGCCCAGUCCCCUUGGACUGACAGUACUUGACGAGCCGUGCGCUAAACAGUCUGAUCCCACCGUACUGGACUUACAACUCAGGGCAAUCUCUAAACAGACCACCACCAAAGCUAUGCAGGUGAGCAGUGUAGCCCAGGCUGACAAAAACCCCAAGGCGAUCGAGAACUGGAUAGACAGUAUCAGCGAGCUACACCGCUCUAAACCUCCACCCAACGUCCACUACACCAAGAACAUGCCGGACAUAGAACAACUCAUGCAGGAGUGGCCACCAGAGUUCGAGGACCUUCUGAAUAGGGUUGGCCUGCCGACAGCUGACCUUGACUGUGACCUUCCCACGUACAUAGACCUGAUCUGUUCCAUCCUGGACAUCCCAGUCUACAAGAACAGACUGCAGUCUCUACAUGUCCUCUUCACGCUCUACUCAGAGUUUAAGAACUCCCAACACUUCAAGGUGCUGGCUGAGCAGAACAACAUGGAGAACGUACCCCCCCAGGCCCCCCUCGAAGGGCAGGGGGGUGCAGAUCGCUGGGCACCAGGGGGGGAACAAUAACGAGGGGAACCAUAUAUUAGGACCAACUAAUUUUUAUUCGUCUUUUUUUUUUUCAAACUUCUCGUUGGAAGUGUCAGAAUACGUCAGAUAUUUUGGUCCUUCAAUGAUUGAACUACUGAUAGAAUGCUUAACUAUUUUUUUAGUUAGUAAAAAAAGGCAGUUGUGAAUGGCUUGUACUGGAUACUAAACUAAGCUAUCUCAUAGUUUUGUGUUUGCAUGUGCAGUAAGGUACAUGUAGAUUUUGGUCUAUUAGGUCAAUAGUUAAAGUUCCAAACUUUACAUCUGAGGGACAUUGACCUCUGACCUUACCCACAAUGCAAUGUGCCGAUGGAACCAUGAGAUACUAGUACAUGUAGCUUAUUCCUUUAGAUGGCUAUAGAAGUUGUCACUGAAAACUGAGACUUUGUAACAGUUCUAAAUACAUAGUGCACUCGUAGAAUGCCAAUAUUGUUGCACAUGUACAUGUAUAUAUAUAAAUAAAUGUAGAAGGC